AUGAAUGAAGAAUGUUUUUCUAAAAUUCCAAAUUAUAAAAAAAUUGUUUCAGGACAUUCAAUUGGAGCAGAAUGUUAUGUUCAUGAAGAUUUUAUGAAGAAUCAUUUUAGUGAUGCUAAUAUAUCAAGAUGUGGACAAUGUUUUGAAUUAUUUGGUCCAUCAUUAAAACCUUUUACAUGUAUGAUUGCAGGUUCAUAUUGGGCCAAUUUAACGGUUAUAUCAAAAAGUAGUAUAGCAAGAAGUAUUAUAGUAAAUUCAGAUGCAUUUAGUUAUUUAGUUACAGAAAAUCAAGAUACAUCAAAACUUGCAUCACAAAUAUCAAUUAGAUUAGUUGAUUGUCCAUUUACUGUUCAACCUAAAAUAGCUGUUAUUGAUGAAACUUUUUCUGAAUAUAUUUUUCAACCAUUUAAUUCUAAUUUAUUAACAAAAUAUAUGCAAAUUGGAAAUUCAAUAUUUACAUUCUCUAAUUAUGACGAUUAUUUUCAUAUUCCAAAAACUUAUUUUUCUAUUAAUUCUUCAACAGAAAUUCGAUUAAUUUCAACUGGAAAAUAUGUUUUAAAUAUUUUUAUUACAAAUAUUGAAAAAGGAAAAAUAUAUUCAUCUUCAAACACAUAUCCAAGAAAAUAUAGUAUUGAAAAAUGUGACUAUGUUCCAAAUCAAUUUGUAUUAACUCAAGACAAAUAUGAAGAUAACUAUUUUACUUGGAGUUUUUAUCAAAUUAAUAAUUCUUUAAGUAUUCCAUUAACAAAAACAAUAAAUAAUACUAUUGAAGUUAUUUCAACUGAUGAAUCAAAUGAACAGAUUAUUGGUAUUAAAUAUCCUACUUCUUUUAAAAUUACAUAUCAUUUUAGAUCUUUUGUUUUAAAUAUUAAAACUAAAUCAAAUAUAACACUUGAUUCUAUUAAAUUAUUAAAUAUGAAUGUGUCAAAUAAAGUAAUUUCUUUUUUAGAUAAAUAUUGUCAACAAACAGUAUUUAAAAAAGUUGAAAAUUAUACUGAAACAAUUUAUUAUAAAACAUAUUUAUUUGCAUUAAAUAAACGAUGUGAACAAUAUAUUAAUUUUAUCAGUCUUAAAUUUAAUAUAAAGAAAGAUGAAUCAUUCAUUAUUUAUGAUACUUAUUUUAUUCCAAGACAAGAAAUUGUUUUUAAACAAUGUUCAGUUGAUUCAUAUGAUUGUGAUUAUGCUGAAUGUGAUGGAUCUAAUUCAGUUAUUGAAUCAAAUAUUACUCAUUUAUGGAAAGAAGGUUGUCAUCCUCCUUGUGGUAAAUGUAAUACAGGCUAUAUUUGUUCAAAAGGGAGUGUUUGUGUAAUAAAACCAAAUCUAAAUAAAAGGACAUCAUCAUCAAAAAGAAUAAUACUCUUUUUGAGUAUCAUUCUUUUUGUUUUUAUGUAA